AUGGCCUCGAUCAAAGUCUACAACUCACUCAAGCCCGGCGCAGCGGUGCCCUUCGUGCCCAGGGAGGAGGGCAAGGUUGCCUGGUAUGCCUGCGGACCGACUGUCUACGAUCAGAGCCAUCUGGGCCAUGCUCGCAAUUAUGUCUCGACAGACAUCAUCCGGCGCAUCUUGCUGCACUACUUUGGCUUCAAGGUCAACUUUGUCAUGAACAUUACAGACGUCGAUGACAAGAUCAUCAUAAAAGCCCGAAGAAAGCGAUUGUUUAUUCUAGAGAAGGAGAAGACGUACACACCCGAGCAGAGUCACAAGCUUGGCACGGAAGCCUUCGUGGCCUACGCCAAGUCCAACCUUCCACUCCUAGUGCCAGAAGAUGGUACAACCCUAGACGAAAACAACUAUACUGGGCGAAGAGAUGCCGCAUACGGUCGAGUUCUGGCUGGCGGUACGCUCUCAGGGGAGGGCAAGCCUGGUGAUGGAGAGGCAAAGCUGAAGAUGCAUCUCACAAAUAUGGAUGCAGCGGCGCAGGGACUCAAGAGCGGGAACGUGCUUGACGGUGCAGAGGAAAUUCUCCUACCUUAUCUCGACUCUCUGUACAAGGAGACUAUCGAUACAAGCGACCAGACCAUGUUUACCGACCUGACACAAUUCAUGGAGAAGGAGUUUACAGACGACAUGGACGCCCUAAACGUUUUGCGACCAGAUGUGGUGACACGUGUCACUGAGUACGUGCCUCAAAUUGUCACAUUCGUCGAGCAGAUUGUGAAUAAGGGUUUCGCGUACGAGGCAGAGGGCUCAGUUUACUUCGAUAUUGCGUCCUUUGAGAAAGCUGGCAACACCUAUGCCCGACUGCGCCCCGAAAGUAGAAAUGACAAGGCGCUGCAGGAGGAAGGUGAAGGUUCCCUAUCGAAGGGAGCUGGCGGAAAGAGGCGACCUGGAGACUUCGCAUUAUGGAAGCAGUCGAAGCCAGGCGAGCCAUACUGGCCGAGCCCCUGGGGUAACGGCAGACCAGGUUGGCAUAUUGAGUGCUCAGUAAUGGCUUCCGACAAGCUCGGAGAGCAGAUGGAUAUUCACUCGGGCGGUAUUGAUCUGGCAUUCCCUCACCACGACAAUGAGCUGGCUCAGAGCGAGGCAUUCUUCUGCCAGCAUGAUAAAGGCGAGCACACUUGGGUCAAAUACUUUUUGCACAUGGGCCACUUGUCAAUUGCUGGAUCGAAGAUGUCAAAAUCUUUAAAGAACUUCCAGACCAUCAAAGAUGCACUGGCAACGACGUAUUCGGCACGCAAUAUGCGUAUCGUCUUUCUAAUGGGCCGCUGGAACGAGGGUGUUGAGAUUUCAGAAGAGAUGCGAAGACAAGCCGAUAGUUGGGAAGCUACUCUUGACAAUUUCUUCACGAAUAUCAAAUCUAGACUGGCUGCGGCUGGAGUCACUAACGGACUCAAGGCUUUAUCACUUACGGAAGAUACACCUGCUGGAGAUCUGACAGUGGAGCUACAACAAGCUAAGAAGGACCUGGAGACGGCUCUAAGUAAUUCAUUCGAUACACCUGCCGUUAUGCGCCUCAUCCAACAACUUGUCAGAGAUGCCAACAUCUACAUGGACAAAUCCGAUGCCGACCUUCAAGCAGUAGAGGUUGUUGCCCGGUGGGUGACGAAGAUUGUUGGCAUUUUGGGUUUAGAUGCAGAUGCCCAACCACCAUACGACGGCCUAGGUUGGUCAUCCGCGACUGCUAUUGCCGACUCCCGCGUAUAUGCCGCAGUUCUGGCGAAGGUUCAGGAGGAUGUUCUUGCACUUAACCUGUCCGAGCCUUCUAUCAAGGCUCUGCUCGAUCAGUCACCCCAGUCAGAAGUGGCAGAACUUGAGAAGAGCGGCGAGCGGGAUCCCGAGAAGCUUGCGUUGCCAUAUGUGCGCGCCGUUUCUCGCAUUCGCGACGAGCUCCGUCGCAUCGUCUCGUCGCUAACUCCUGAUGUGAAGAAACUUGUGCUUGCACUCAGCGACCGUAUUCGUGACUACGACCUUGCGGAUCUUGGAGUGCAGCUUGAUGACCAGGCUGACAAGCCAAGUCUGAUCAAAUUCGUACCGGCAGCGAAACUCAUCGCUGCCCGUGAGGAGAAGGCAGCCCUCGUAGCUGAGAAGGCGAGGCAAAAGGAGGAGGCGCGUAAGGCUAAGGAGAAGGCAGACCAGGAGAAGUGGGAGAAGGCUAAGCUGGCCCCACAGGACAUGUUCAAGGAGGACAAGAAAUACCAAGAAUGGGAUGCUGAUGGGAUCCCGACGAAGUUGGCGGAUGGCAGCGAUCUGCCCAAGAGCCAGCAGAAGAAGCUCAAGAAGGACUGGGAUAGACAGAAGAAGCUACACCAGGAGUACCAGACCAAGUUCGGCACGGGAGCUUAG